AUGCCCGAGGUCACUCCCCAGUCAUCAACACGGAAAGGCAAGGGUAAGCAAGUCGCAGCAGAUCCAAUCACUCCUCUCCCCCGAAACGAAACCGCAUCCAUAUCAGCGCCGCCGGCGUCCAUUAGCAAACGCGCAAGUGUUCAGCAGCCGGUCGACGAGCCCUCGAUCUCGCCCGUUAAGCACCCAGUCCAACGCGUCAAACUCAUCGUGCGCAAGCCCUCGCCGUUGUUCUCGCAUCCAUUGCAGCGGCCACCGCUCAAGAAACACGACGGCUCUCUCGAUGCCAUCCUUUCCUCCUUCGUCACCCGUCACGGCUACGAGACGACCACGGAGAACAUCGACGCGGAGCUGGAAGAGGAAUUAGACGUAUGGCGCCGAGUAGACGCACUUCAGAGGGAAGGCCGGCUGGUCGAACGCUCGUCAUACGAGUUUCGUGGCGCAGAGGCUCAGGAUACGUGGGCACACGUCGUACGCGAAAUAGAGGAACCAGGCGUCAGGUUUAUCGACGGGCGGGAGAUGGCGGCGAACGUGGCGGGCAAGAUACGCAAACACUGGCAAAUGGAAAACAAGGCCGAAGAAGCACGCAUGAAGAUUCUUGCGAAGUCGACGCUCAACAUGGUCUUGGGGCAGUGGCGGAAGGCGGUUUACCAUGUCCGCGAACAAGAGCGUCUGGAAUGGGAAGCAGAAGAACGACGACGCGGGCAAGAGCAUCUCAACGCAAUCCUGGACCAGUCUGGCCAGAUCUUGCAAGUCCAGCGUCUGGACCUCGUACGCGAGUCGCGAAGUCGUUCACGCAGUGUCGCUUCACCAGAUCCUGAGCUGGGUCCCAACGGGUCCGACAACGAGGGCACCAUGCCUGCUACCGAGGAUGGCGAAGGGCAAGCUGACCACGACAGCGAGGAGUCCGACUCUUCCGCAGAGGACGAGGGCAUCUCGAUGCUUCUUCCUGACAUAGACAUGGAAGUGGACAGCGCGUCGCAGAUCAUCGUCGAGUCACCAAGGGAGCUCGAGAUGGACGUGGACCUCAAGACUCCUUCUGAAGAAGAAGACAACUUGGAGGAGCCGCUGCCAUCCUCACCACCUUCACGCACGGAGCAGAGCGAGGCGUCCACCAGCGCUGUCGGUACCCCCAAGACUACCGAGAAGAUACUGACGCACUUCUACGCGGAACGGAAACCAUCCCCAGCCUUUACCCCUAUGGUUCUCGACAUGGACGAUGACGCUUUCCUCCCUCACACCCCGCAGCUUGUCAAAGAAAGUCCGUUGAACGAGAUCUCUAACGGGACUCUCGACGCCACUCUGGCUCAAGACGACUUGCCAGCAGGAUGGACGCCGCCCUUUAAGAACACCACCCUUCCUGACAACACACUUACCGAUGGCCCUCCUGUCCUUAGCGUCAAGAUUCCUGUACCCGAGACCCCGGCCCCCCCGACUCCCCCGAUCUCGUCCCAUGGCAUCACACCUGUCGUGGACGAUGAAGUCGUUGAAGAGGAGGAAGAAGACUACAAUGGCAUUCCUUACUACCUGCGUCCUUAUGCCGUCGCGCCGGUCGAGUGGGACCCGGAUGCGAAAGUCAAGCCCCCACUACUUUUACGCGGUAACCUUCGACCGUACCAACAGGCAGGGCUGGAGUGGCUGGCCAGUAUACACGCGCGCAACCUCAACGGGAUCUUAGCGGACGAGAUGGGUCUUGGGAAGACCAUUCAAACUAUCGCGUUGCUCGCUCACCUCGCUUGUGAGCGUGGCAUCUGGGGCCCGCAUUUGAUCAUCGUGCCGACGAGCGUACUGCUCAACUGGGAGAUGGAAUUCAAGAAGUUUCUGCCCGGGUUCAACGUCCUCCCGUACCACGGCAACACGAAGCAGCGCAAGGAGCUUCGUCAGGGCUGGAACAACAAGUACCACUUCAAUGUCUGCAUCACGUCCUACACCCUCGCGAGCCGCGACUCUCACGUCUUCAAGCGCAAACGGUGGUACUAUAUGAUCCUGGACGAGGCGCACAUGAUCAAGAAUUUCAAGAGCCAGCGAUGGAACACCCUGCUAAUGUUCCGGUCUUUCCGCCGGCUACUUCUCACGGGUACCCCGCUCCAGAACAACCUGACGGAGCUAUGGGCUCUCCUGCAGUUCUUGAUGUCUGGUACGGACUUUGCCAACUUGAAGGAGUUUGCAGAUUGGUUCGCAAAUCCGCUGGAGCGCGCAAUCGAGCUCGGGUCCAUAGACGACGAAACUCAAGCACGCGUCACUAAGCUGCAUCAGGUCCUUCGCCCAUACCUCCUCCGUCGCCUCAAGCGUGAUGUCGAGAAGGAGCUUCCGCAGAAGUUCGAGCACAUCAUCAUGUGUCCUCUCUCCAAGCGCCAGCGCUUCCUAUACGACGAGUUUAUGGGCCGAACAGACACGCGUCACGACCUCCAGUCGGGCGUGUACCAGAAGAUCGCCAACAUCCUCAUGCAGCUCCGGAAGGUCGUCAACCACCCGGACUUGUUCGAGGUCCGCCCGAUCGUUACCUCGUUCGCUAUGCAGCGCUCCGCUGUCGCGGACUUUGAGAUCAAAGAGCUGCUCGUGCGAAGACAACUCUUAUCGCGGCUGGACGAGGACACGCUUAACCUCGACUUCCUCGGUUUCGAGUUCGUGCAUGACAUCGGCUUGCCUGAGAUCGCGGCGCGCGAAACGAAGCGCCUGGACGGGACGCAGUUUCUACCCAUGAUCAACGACGUACCUGGGCAAGCUCCUCCGCGGGACACGCGAACAAUCAGGGGUUUCAAGAAGUACACGAUCGGCUACCCACAUUCCCAUUACGGCGCGGAGAAGCUAGCGUUGAUUCACAAGUUCUACUCCCCGCUCCUCCCACCGGAGAUCCCGCACGAGCCGAAGGCCUAUCUCACUACCCCGACUACUAUUCGAUCUGCCAUCAAAUCGGUCGCCACCCGGGCAGAGGAGAUGGCGCCGUUCAUCGACCGCUUUGCGUUCGUCACCCCAUUCGCCGUUGCUCGCGAUUUGCCUUUGAUCGCUCUACCUACCCUUCGCGAAGACCCUACGGCUGCUGCGAUGGCCAUGGAUCCCGCUUUCGACGCACCGCUGCACCGCGCGAGCGUCAAGCUGCAGAUUGCGUUCCCGGACCCGUCUCUGCUUCAGUACGAUUGCGGGAAGUUGCAGGUGCUCGCGCAGCUGCUACGGGACCGCAAGGCGGGCGGACACCGCGUGCUCAUUUUCACGCAAAUGACACGCAUACUCGAUAUUCUUGAGAUCUUCCUCAACUUCCACGGCUACCUGUACUUGCGGCUCGACGGCGCGACGAAGAUCGAGGACCGGCAGUACAUCACCGAACGCUUCAAUGCGGACCCGCGCGUGUUUUGCUUCAUCUCUUCGUCGCGGUCUGGCGGUGUGGGGAUCAACUUGACUGGCGCUGACACGGUCAUUUUCUACGAUUCCGACUUCAACCCGCAGAUGGACCGGCAGUGCGAAGACAGAGCGCAUCGCAUUGGUCAGAUUCGCGACGUCCACAUCUAUCGCUUCGUUUCCCAGCACACCGUCGAAGAAGCCCUCUUGCGCAAGGCCAACCAGAAGCGCUCACUAGACGCUCUCGUCAUCCAACGGGGCGCGUUCGACUGGAGCGCGUUGCUCGACGACACCAGCACCUCGGGUGCGCUUGUGAACGCCCUGGGCGAGUACGAAGACGUCGAAGACGCAGCGGCGGCGCGCGUCGCUGCGAGAGAAGAGAUGCUGCUCGAGGAUGACGACGCUGCUGACUUCGGCGGGGAGAAGGGGAACGCGGGGACGGAGACGCCCGUCGCACCUACCCCUGUGCAGAAGACUCUGACCAUGUUUUCCGAGGCUACCGCGGACACGCGGGAGGCUGCUCCGACCGAAGAGGAUGCUGUGGUGACGGAGGUCGCCACGGAGGCCGGCGAGGGGGCCGGCGAAGACGAAGACGAAGAUGAGGAAGGCCGCACGAUUGACGACUACAUGAUCGAUUUCGUCAGCUUCGACGCCGACUUCUUCGAGGAGUGGAGUAUGUGA